GAUUCAACCAGACGGUGGUUCUUUGGGCAGACAGAAAGACAGUCGGGUUGGCCUGGGGUAGACUUCCUUCUCGCUGACGUUGGUCACGAUUCUGUUUUCAUGUCACUACUCUGUCUUUCCUUUGAGAAACCAUCAACCUCAUAGCAGAUUAUUUUCUAGAGAAGUUUGCUAACCACAGAAGGAAUAUAUUCGUAGUGCAUGAUAGGAAUUGAGUGACCGGUGAGGAAUGGGCUGUUCAAACAGCUUUUCCCAGCUAUAAAGGUAUCGCUGCUAUCCUCGAGUAUUCGUGAGUAAAAGGGGCCGCAUUUUUGCUACGCGUUGGCGAUAAUAUCGAGCACUUACUCGCCCAAGCAUGUACGGUUUAUUGUUGGAGAGCAUCAACGACUACCUGAAGGGAGCAUACGGAGAGGCGGUAUGGAAGCUGAUCAGGGAACGGGCAAACGUCCCCCACCACUCCUUUGUGACUCAUCAGGUUUACUCUGAGACUGUGAUCCCACGCCUGGCCAAGGCGGCGUCGGAAGUGACGGGGAUGAACCAUGACGAGCUGAUGGACGUGUUCGGCAUCAGCUUCGUCACGUUCGUGGGGCAGUACGGCUACGACAGGAUCCUGCGGGUACUCGGCCGCCAGCUCCGGGACUUCCUCAACGGCCUGGACAACCUGCACGAGUACCUGCGUUUCAGUUACCCGAAGUUACAGCCCCCGAGCUUCUUCUGUGAGGAAGAGACGGCCACCGGCCUGACCCUGCACUACCGGAGCCGCAGGAAGGGAUUCAUACACUACGUGAAGGGGGAACUGCGACAGGUCGGCAAGCAGUUCUACCAGACGGACAUAGAGGUGGAGGUGCUCAACCAUGACGAGACGGACGAACAAACCCACAUCGUCUUCAGGCUCCAUUUCGACAACACCGCCUUCAAACAGAACCAGCAGGCGGACCUGCGUCAGGAGGAGGAGUUACUGCCCGUUCGCAGUGAGCUCUUCUUCGAGGUGUUCCCGUUCAACGUCGUUUUCACACAGGACAUGGUGAUCCGUAAUGUCGGGGUGGGGCUGGAGGCCAUCAUGUCUGACCUGGAGGGGAAGAAGAUCAACGACUGCUUCCGGGUCGUCCGACCUCUGGUGGAGUUCACAUGGGACAACGUGUUGUCUCAUACUAACAACCUGUUUGAGCUCAUCUCGCGAGACCCCAUCACGAGAGGCGGUGGGUACGGCAGGAACUCGGGCAGUGAGCCCCUCUACAAGAAGAUUCAGAUGAAUCUUACAGGUUCUCUACAAAGAACACAAGCCAAGCACCAACUAAGUCAUGCGCAACACGGUCACCACAACGGGGAAGGUGAAGAGCCACGAGAGGGGGAAGAGGAAGAUCGCAAGGCGCUGGACACCUCCUUGGAACUGCUGGCUUACCAGAGCAUCACCGAUGCGGCACAGGAAGGAGUCGACGGCAUCGAAGGAGCGUCGAGCAAUUGUCUGACCCUGAAAGGGCAGAUGAUGUUCAUGAAGGAAUGGGAUUCCGUCAUCUUCAUCGGAACUCCGAUCAUGGAGAACUUGGAGGCAAUGUACCGGAUCGGGCUGUUCAUCAACGACUUGAGCAUGCACGACUCCAGCAGGGACCUGGUGCUGACGGGAACACAGCAGUCCGCCGAGCUCAAGCUGGCACUCGAUCAGGAGCAGCAAAAGAGCUCCAAGCUAGAGGAGAGUAUGCGGCAGUUGGACCAAGAGAUGAAGAAGACUGACGAACUGCUGUAUCAGAUGAUACCGAAGACUGUGGCCGACCGACUGCGUCGCGGAGAGCCGUCCGUUGAAACUUGCGAGGUUUGCGACCUUUUGCGACACUUCGACUUCAAGUCCGCAUGGGCCCUACAGCAAACAUGCGAGGUGUUCCAAGAGGUCACCAUCCUGUUCAGUGAUGUGGUCGGCUUUACCAAGAUCUGCAGCCGCAUCACACCUAUGCAGGUUGUAUCCAUGCUCAACUCCAUGUACACCCUCUUUGACCAGCUUAGCGAGAAACACCAGGUCUACAAGGUUGAAACCAUCGGUGAUGCCUACAUGGUGGUUUCUGGUGCCCCCACCACGACCAAAUACCACGCGCACCACGUGUGUGACAUGGCCCUGGACAUGAUCAGGUCUAUGGAACACCUGAAGGAUCCGUCUACAAACGAGAACCUGCACAUCCGAGUCGGAGUGCAUUCCGGCAUGGUAGUUGCAGGUGUUGUGGGUCUCAAGAUGCCCCGAUGGUGUCUCUUUGGGGAGACAGUGAACACAGCUUCAUACAUGGAAGCAAGUGGCGAGGGUAUGCAUGUCCACAUCAGCCAAGUAACAAAGGACUAUCUGCAGGGUCAGCCCUACAUUAUAGAGGAACGCGGAUCCAUUCCUGCCAAGACAACCAGCCAAGCAAACGAGAUCAGAAUCCAACUCGGCGAGGGAAAUGAGCUGAUGAAGACGUACUGGCUGAAGGGGAAGCUGAGAAAUGACGGAGGAGAGUCGGUUGUGUCUCCCCCUGAGGAGGCAGACUCCACCAAGAGCGAGGCGGGCUCCUGCCCCGUCACCCCGCAGCUCAACUUCACUCCCACGGUCGUCAACAAGGACAAGGCGAAGGACGCGGAGGGAGAAUCCCCGGACGACAAGAACAACGAACCGGAAAUAGUCGGAGCAACGGGAGGAGACAACAAAAGUAAUGACGGGGAUGAGAUGGAUAAUACAGAAGAAGAGGAGAGAGGGAAGGACAUGCACAACCUCCGCAAACUGUUCAGGGCCAAGAACAGCAGUGUGUGCUCCAUUUCCUGAGGAACGUGGUUUUGUUCCGAUCUUUUGUUGGUGCAGAUAUGUUCGACUUUGUGGGAGGAUCAUCUCGCAUCGAAACGCGUGUCUCUUCAGACAGCGUACAUGUACUUGUUCGAGAACACUAUAAUCCAUGCUUACCUAGUGUGUAAGAAUGAUAGCAUGGAGAUUACAACGAAUUGUACAACGGCCUUGUGGCAGCACACGAAAGGCUUUACUAUUUCCCUUACAUCAGCGAAGUCGGUGAUCGUAUGAACACUGAAAAGGCCAUCUAAUGUUGUACUUCCCAGAUUUAAAUUGAAAUUUCGGCGGGCGAGUGGUGAUUUUAACCGACAGUUAUACUGGGUGUCUUAAUACCUGAAUGCCUGACCUAUAUUGACGUACCUACGGCAACGGUGAAAUAUAUUUAGAAACAAUUACAUGUAUUCCUGCUCUCAAACCAAUCUAUGUUACUCACUGUACCCGUUUUUCUUACCCUGCUAAAAUGUUCGAAGUGCUUUCCAUAUCUCUAAAGGCUGAGAACAGUAGAGUGGAUAUGACCUCUUGAGGUAUCAUUCGUGUGUUAUGAAUAAUGAGUUAUUUUGGUUGCAAGGAGAUGAUUGUCUGAACUCAAUAUCGUUUCGUAUACCAACGUAUAUUACCUUACGUCUAUUAUGAGGGCUUUAAGUAACUGUAAUAUAUGAAGAAUAUAUCGCUGUGAAGUAUAUGUCUCAGUCAACUAACGUUAGUAUCAACCACAAACCGUACUUACCGUAUCGUAUGACAAAGUAUCAUGUGUAAUACGAGGGUUUAUGGAAUAUGCAAGUAUAUAAAGAAUAUGUCACUGUGUAGAAUAUUUACCUGUGAUUUGAUAUCAGGUGGGAUGAUUUUGUUGAUAAUUAAAAGGAGUGUCUGGAGGGAUUUCAUAGUAUCACCAGAUGGAUAUCUGAACUGAACUGUCUGGAAACUGGAAGAUAGUUGCACAAUCUCGUAUGUUUGUAAAGUAACCGGGUCGCAGCGUGAAACAUCUGUCUGAGCAUCAACUGAGUAUUUGUGAUGUGCGGAUUUGCCUCCAUGUGAAGAACGACGCACAUGUUAUCUUUUUUUCGUUUAUACCUGAUACUGUAUUGUGUAAGGAACUGGGCUAUUGCUCUUUCCGCCAAAUAGUCUGGGAUAAAAAAAGACAUGUGUAUAAGUAAUUGUUACUAUAUUGUACGUUCAAAGCCGUAUUAUGAAAUAUUUUGUAUCGUUAAUGAUAUCGACUUCGAUGCACAUUUGAUCGAUAAUAAUCGUAGUAGAACAUUUGAUUGUUGUAUAUUGUUGGAAUAAACGUAUAAAAUAUAUUGAUGGUUAUCACCAUUA